ACACUUCUUUCCCGUGUUACUUCAACCUCGACUCAGAUAUCGCCCAUCCUCUGACCGGACUCGGUGUCUUCAAAGACCAGCUAUAAACGAAGAUGGCUUCAACUCUUGCUAUGGGACUCGGUGUCGCGACCGCGGCGUUUUUGGGUCGCGCGGGUUUUGUCGCUUUCCGUCGCGCCAGGGGAGGUGUGAACGCCGCGGGCAAGGCAUUCUACAAGGGAGGAUUUGAACCCCGGAUGAACCGUCGCGAAGCCGCAUUGAUCCUGGAACUUCCGGAACGUACCUUGAACAAGGACAAGGUCCGCAAGAAGCACCGUCAGCUCAUGCUUCUUAACCACCCCGAUCGUGGCGGCAGCCCGUACCUGGCAACCAAGAUCAACGAAGCCAAGGAAUUCCUCGAUAAGCAUACUUAAAGGUGGGAUCGGAAGGGGCCGUGGCCCCCUGGUCACCGUUAGGGGUAUUGGCGGAUCCUCUGACAACGGAAGAGUGGACCUUCCGUUCAUU